AGCUGUUCAGUGCUCAAUCUUUCAGAUACAUCAUUGUUGGCGGCGUAACACCGUCAUCGACAUCUCCCCAACUGAAAAAAAAGUUUUCUUUUAGUUUUGUCGUGAGCGUUCUCCGAGUUGGUUGGUGGCGAACAAAGUAUUGUAGAGCCAUUUCAAUUCUAAACGACCGACUAUUGCAUGCGUUGAAAAUAAAUCUUAAAAUUACCACCUUCACACCACAUACCCAAAAUAUCUAUCUAUCGGUUUGCUGAAAAAAGACCAAAAAAACCAACAACAAAUCUACACAUCAUGAGUGAUUUCCAAUACGAAGAAGUGCCGCCAGAGGAGCAUAGCGAUUCUGAUACCGUGGUGAAUUCAGCACCAUUGGCUGAAUUGCAGGAAAUACCAGCGGAUCCUAACUUCGACGACGACGAAGAAGAGCAAGACGAACUACGUAAAAUGGAAGCUACCACCACAUCCGCUGCUGCAGGUGCCGUCGCCGCCGAAACGAAUAGCGAUACCACAGUAGCCAAACCCUCAUCCGCCGAGGAUAGCAUUUUUUCCACCAUGUAUGCGGUGGCCAAAAAAGUGGCCAUAGUUGGUUCCAUAUAUUUGGUGGGCUAUAUGGGCUGGUCGGUGGCAUGGCUUAUUGCUCCGGUGGUCUUGUCGGUGGCUCGUGAUCGUUUCCGUAAAUCUACCGAACACAAAAGAAGUAUUGCCAAGGCAUCGGCUUUGGCCUCCGAAAAGGAGGUUAUUAUGGCUCGUAUCGAUGAGUUGCCGGCAUGGGUUUACUUUCCCGAUGUGGAACGCUGUGAAUGGGUGAACAAGAUUCUCAAACACCUCUGGCCCAAUGCCAACCACUAUGCCCGCACCCUGGUGAAGGAGACCAUUGAACCCGCCGUUGCCGAAUCUCUGGCCAAUUACAAAAUGAACGGUUUCCGUUUUGAUCGCAUCAUUUUGGGUACCAUUCCGCCGCGAAUUGGCGGCGUUAAGGUGUAUACCCAGAACAUUGGACGCAAUGAAAUCAUCAUGGAUCUUGAUCUCUUCUAUGCCAGUGACUGUGAUAUUAAUUUCUAUUUGGGCAGCAUGAAGGGUGGCAUUAAAGAUUUCCAAAUUCAUGGUUGGGUUCGUGUGGUCAUGAAGCCUCUGAUCCGCAGUAUGCCAUUGGUUGGCGGUCUCCAGAUUUUCUUUUUGAAUAAUCCAAAUAUAGAUUUUAAUUUGGUCGGCGUUAUCGAUUUGUUGGAUAUGCCGGGUUUGAGUGAUCUGCUGCGUAGGAUUAUUGUGGAGCAGAUUGGUAAUAUUAUGGUCCUGCCGAAUAAGCUGCCCAUAACAUUGAGUGAUGAGGUGCCGGCGACUUCGUUGAAAAUGCCCGAACCGGAGGGUGUACUGCGCAUACACGUCGUGGAAGCCAAGGAUCUAAUGAAAAAGGAUAUCAGCAUGUUGGGUAAGGGUAAAUCCGAUCCCUAUGCCAUUAUCAAUGUGGGCUCGCAGGAAUACAAAACACAAAUUAUCGACAACAAUGUCAAUCCAAAAUGGGACUUUUGGUGUGAGGCCUUUGUUAAUUCACCCGUGGGCCAGGAGGUCUUUUUCCACUUGUGGGACAGUGAUCCAGGUCCACAAGUCGAUGAUUCUUUGGGCAGGGCAAGUGUUGAAAUUAUUAAUGCCGUGAAACGUGGCGUGGUUGAUACCUGGCUCACCUUGGAGAAUGCCAAACAUGGUAUGCUGCACGUACGCCUACAAUGGUACAAACUCACCUCGAACCCCCUGGAUUUGCAGGCGGCCUUGGCCGAAACCCAAUUGCUGCGUGUCGCCUCCAUGAGUUCGGCCGUACUGAUUGUCUUCAUCGAUUCGGCCAAGAAUCUCAAACAGGCACGCAUAAACUCCAAUCCCGACCCCUAUUUGGUGUGCAGUGUUGGCAAACAAAAACAGCAGACGGGCAUGAUUAUGCGCGACAACUCUCCCGUCUGGGAGCAAGGCUUCACAUUCCUGGUGGGCAAUCCGGAAAAUGAUACACUGCAAAUUAAGAUUUUCGAUCAGAAGACCGGCAGUGAAAUUGGACAAUUUGGUUAUGUCAUUGCCACGUUGCUGCGCAAAGAGAAUAUGGACAUUGUGUCGCAACCCUUCCAGAUUCAGAAAUCUGGACCCGAAUCUAAGCUGAUAAUGUCGCUGUCACUGCGUAUCUUAAAGAAGGCCGAGGCCAUUGAGGAUGGCGAGAGCUCGGAGGCGCCGGUGGCGGGAGAAAACAAAUUGGCCCGGUCCAUUAGUAAGACAGCCAGUAUUCAGGAACCCUCAUCGCCAAAGGAAUUACAAUCCCAAAGCAGUCGCAUCUCAGCCGACACCCCACUGAGCGAGGAGGAACCGAACUUGAAAGUCUCUAGUCCCACGAAUUUACAAUCCAUAACACCGCCUCGCAGUCCCAAUCCAUUUUCGGCGAAUUUAAUUGGCGGCGAAUCGGUGCUAACCCAUCGUGUACCCGAUCUCUCCGCCUCACCCGGUGAACACGGUUUGGGUCGCAUCCUGCUGACCAUCCACUAUUUGGCCCAGCGACAGAAACUCUUUGUAACCAUUCACAAGAUAAUGAAUAUUCCUAUACGUGAUCCCUCCAAUAUACCCGAUCCAUAUGUUAAGCUAUAUCUACUGCCAGGCCGAAGCAAAGAAUCGAAACGCAAGACGGUUGUCAUCAAGGAUAAUUGUAAUCCCGUGUACGAUGCCACUUUCGAGUAUUUGAUGUCAACGGCUGAGCUGUUACAGAGCGAGUUGGAGGUUACAGUCUGCACGCAGAAGGGCUUCUUUGGCAGUCCCAUCAUUGGAAUGCUCAAAAUCCCUCUCACAGAUCCUGAAGUCUCGGGCAAUGGUCUAAACACCUGGUACGAUUUACAGCCGGAAUUCAAACAUGACUAAACCUCAGAGUGUCAAUUUUCAGAAUCUCUGUUUUUUUUUUUUCAAUAAUUUAUUAAUCUGACAUACUGAUCAACAUCGAACAAAAAUCAAUGAAUAACAACAACAUCACAAGUAUUUCUAGUGCUCUCUAUAUCUGAUAUUUUAUACUCUAAUUGAAAAAAAUAUUAUUUGUCUUUUAUUUUUUAAAUCAAAAAGCACAAAAUUCUAUUUUUUGUAGAAUUAAAACAAAACAAAAAAAUCUCUUAAUUUUUUUAAUAUUUUUAUAUAUUUUUAUUAUUUCUUAAUAAUUUUCUACUACUGUCUCUGUUCUUUUUGUAUCGUCUUUAUUUUAUGUAUUAAAAUAAAAAAUAUCUUUUGUAUACAAAAAUAAUAUUGAAAAUACUAUGUUAACGAAUAAAGUUGGAAUGAUUAACAUAAUUCAGUUCUUUGAGAAACCAUUUGUAAAAAAAAAAUUGAAAUUAUUUUGAAAAUAUCAAUAAAAAAAUAUGUAUAUUUUAUUCCAUAAA